AUAACGAGUUUUCAAAACCUCUGCCUUUUCUAUAUGUAGGCUGCUGUUAAUCAGUUGAUAUUGCACUUUGCACACCAAGCAUCCAACGGCGACUUCUAGGCUUACUGUUCCAUCAAUAAUGGCCCUUUCAACAAUGAUCCAUACCCAUCUCCCACAGGCCCUCAGCGGUGGUGGGAUGAAUCGGAUUUCUGCUGUUUAUGUUCAUCAAGGAGUUGCUUCCGAUACCAAACUCAAUAGGGGUGCUCGACGUUUAGCUGAAUCGUUGACUACCCUUCUUAAUCUCAAUAUCGAACCUCUUUGUUCGAGGAAAAAUCUUCAAUAUUCCAAUUGGGAUUCGUUUGAUGAUGAGAAACAUAACACCCCAACGACGUCUCCCAAGGAGAUGAUUGCCGAUAAGUGGCGUGAACUUCAUGGUUCUUCGGAUUGGGAGAAGCUUUUAGACCCGCUUCAUCCAUGGCUACGGCGAGAAAUCGUUAAGUACGGCGAGUUUGCUCAAGCGACUUACGAUGCUUUCGACUUUGAUUCUUUCUCGGAGUAUUGUGGGAGUUGCAGGUAUAAUCGUAACAAGUUGUUUGAGAAACUGGGGCUGAGUAAAAAUGGUUACAAGGUGACUAAGUACAUCUACGCUAUGUCCGCCAUUGAAAUGCCACAGUGGUUGGAAACGUCACGGUUGAUGGACACAUGGAGCAAAGAUUCCAACUGGAUGGGUUACGUGGCCGUUAGCGACGACGAGGAGACACGUAGGAUCGGACGGAGGGAUAUCGUGGUGGCGUGGCGAGGGACGGUGGCGCCGUCUGAAUGGUACGAGGAUUUUCAAAGGAACUUGGAACCGAUAGGGAUCGGAGAUGCUAAGGUUGAGCAUGGAUUCCUAAGCAUUUACACUUCCAAGAAUGAAUUCACAAGGUACAAUAAGUCAAGUGCUUCAGAGCAAGUUAUGAAAGAAGUGACCAAGUUGGUGCAAUUCUAUCAAGGACAAGGAGAAGAAGUGAGUUUAACGAUAACCGGGCACAGCUUAGGCGGUGCAUUGGCACUGCUCAAUGCCUAUGAAGCCGCCGUGAAUUUCCCGGGCCUUGCGGUUAGUGUGGUUUCCUUCGGUGCACCUAGAGUCGGCAACAGCGCCUUUCGAGCCGAGCUCGAUGAUUUAGGAGUUAAAACUUUGAGAGUGGUAGUUAAGCAAGAUUUAGUCCCUAGAAUGCCAGGGAUUGUUUUCAAUGAGAGUUUACAGAGGUUUGAUGAUAUAACAGGAACAUUAGAAUGGGUUUAUACACAUGUAGGAGCUGAAUUGAAGCUUGAUGUUAGUUCAUCAUCUUACCUUAAACGUGGAUUCAAUCCGUUGGGAUUUCAUAGCCUCGAGACGUACCUUCAUCUUGUCGAUGGGUACCUUAGUGCCGAGUCUGCAUUUCGGUCCAGUGCUCGUAGGGAUGUUACCUUGGUGAACAAGGCAUGUGAUAUGUUGGUGGAUGAACUAAGGAUCCCUCAAUGCUGGUACCAAUUGGCUAACAAAGGGUUGGUACGUAAUGAACAUGGCAGAUGGGUUAAACCAAGAAGAGAACCUGAAGACAUUCCUUCACCAACCGGAGAACAAGCACAUGACCUUAGUCUCAGAAUUGAGAUGCAAGAAAGUUAUACAUGUUGUAUGCAAGCUAAAAACUUAGCUAUAUGUUGAUCAAGAAAUGAAAAGCAUUUUUUGAAAAA